GUCUACGCAAUUUGCUACAGUUGAGGGGAGAAAUGGCGGACCGUUGCCUAUGAAUAAGCAAAAAUAAGGAUGCUGAGCUGCUAAGAGUACAACACGACUAACUGGAGCAAAAGCAGUGCUCCUUAAUAAAGAAACGUAUGUUCUGGAUUUUUAUUUAUCUUAAUCUUCUGACGCGGGGUUGCUUUAAAAAAAAAAAUAAUAAUAAAAAGUGGUGGGCAUUUACAUCAGAUUUUUUUUCCUCCACCCACCCGACUAUUACUCCAUCCAUCUCUUGUUGGAAGAAGGCUAUGGCUGCAGAAGGGCUGCUGGAAAGUGCUGGUCACAAAGCAGAGAUAGAACGGUUGUCGCGGGAGCUGUCCGAAACCACCCAGGAGAAAAUCAGGGCUGCCGAAUGCGGCUUGGUGGUGCUGGAGGAAAAUCAGACCCUAAAACAGCAAUAUACGGACCUAGAAGCGGAUUAUGACACCCUCAAACAUGAGCUGGAGCAGCUCAAAGAGGCAUUUGGCCAGGCCUAUUCGAUCCAGAGGAAGGUGGCAGAGGAUGGGGAGACACUCGAGGAGAAUCUGCUGCAGGAGUCUGCCUCUAAAGAGGCCUACUACAUGGGCAAGAUCCUGGAGCUGCAAACCGAAAUGAAACAGAACAAGAGCAUCAUGUCCAACGUGCAGGCUGAGAAUGAGCGGCUCAAUGCAGUGCUGCAGGACCUCCGGGAGAAUAACGAGGUGCUCGAGCUGCAGAGGACUCGCAUGAAGGAUGAGAUUCGAGAGUACAAGUUCCGGGAGACGAGGCUCCUGCAGGACUACACAGAGCUGGAGGAGGAGAACAUCAUGCUGCAGAAACUGGUCUCCACCCUCAAGCAGAACCAGGUGGAGUACGAAGGGCUGAAGCACGAGAUCAAAUGCCUGGAGGAGGAGACGGUCCUUCUCAAUAGCCAGCUGGAAGAUGCGCUGCGCCUGAAGGAGAUCUCGGAAAGCCAGCUGGAGGAGGCCCUGGACACACUGAAGAACGAGCGCGAGCAGAAGAACAACCUGCGCAAGGAGCUAUCGCAGUACAUCAGCAUGAACGACAGCAUGUACAGCACCCACCUCAGCAUCUCCGUCGACGGGCUCAAGUUCAAUGAGGAGUCCAACAACGGCACGCCCAACAACGAGGACAAGUGCAACGGGCACGUCCACGCCCCGCUGGUCAAGCUCAACGGAGACUACCGGGGCUCCACCUCCCGGAAAGGAGAGGCCCUGCACCCAGUCUCCGACCUCUUCAGCGAACUCAACCUCUCCGAGAUGCAGAAGCUCAAACAGCAGCUGCUACAGGUGGAGCGAGAGAAAGCCAACCUCCUGACCAACCUCCAGGAGUCUCAAACGCAGCUGGAGCACACCAAAGGAGCUCUGAUGGAGCAGCAUGAGCGCAUACACCGCUUGACCGAGCAUGUCAACUCCAUGAAGAGGCUACAUAACAACAAGGAGCUCCCGAUGGACCUGGAGACGGAGAAAUCGGCCUGCGAAGCCUCCCAGCAGGGCCACGACUACGAAGUGGACAUGAACGGGCUGGAGAUCCUGGAGUGUAAGUACAAGGUGGCCGUCACCGAGGUCAUCGACCUCAAGGCUGAGAUCAAAGCCCUGAAGGAAAAGUACAACAAGUGCUUGGAGAGCUACACGGAUGAGAAGACCAAGGGGGAGAGCAAGAUCCAGGUGCUGGAUGAGCAGGUAGCCAGGCUGGAGAAGACCCACAAGGAGUGCGGGGAGCGCAUCUCCUGCCUGGAGAGAGAACUGCAGACAGUAACGGGAAUGGCCAAUGAGAACCACAACACCCUCAACACAGCACAAGAUGAGCUGGUGACCUUCAGUGAGGAGCUGGCCCAGCUCUAUCACCACGUCUGUCUCUGCAACAAUGAGACGCCCAACCGGGUGAUGCUGGACUAUUACAGGAAGAGCCGAGUGACCCGCAGCGGGAGCCUAAAGGGGUCCGAUGAUCCCAGGGUACUCUUAUCUCCGCGGCUGGCACGUCGGGCCAUGGCGACACCCUCAGAUCACAAGAGCCCAGCAGAACAAGCUCCAAAGGACGCUGGCGAAACCAACAAGGAGCAAAGCCCAAAGAGUCCCACCCGGACCCCCAUAGUUUCCCCCGUGAUAACUGCCCCUCCAUCAUCUCCCGUCACAGAGUCCAGCGACCUCCGCAAGGAGCCCAUGAACAUUUACAAUCUCAAUGCCAUCAUCCGAGACCAGAUCAAGCACCUGCAGAAAGCUGUGGACCGGUCCCUCCUGCUCUCCAGACAGCGCGCAGCGGCGAGGGAGCUGGCCCCCAUGAUCGAUAAAGACAAGGAAGCAGUGAUGGAGGAGAUCCUCAAGUUAAAAUCGUUGCUCAGCACCAAGCGGGAGCAGAUAGCUACGCUGCGGUUAGUCCUGAAAGCCAACAAACAGACAGCCGAAGUUGCUCUCGCCAACCUGAAAAGCAAAUAUGAAAACGAGAAGUCAAUGGUGACGGAAACCAUGAUGAAACUCCGAAAUGAGCUGAAAGCCUUGAAGGAAGACGCAGCCACCUUCUCCUCCCUGAGAGCCAUGUUUGCCACCAGCGAAUUUUCCGGGUUGGAGGGGCGAUCGAAAAUUGGCAUCGGUUUUGAAAUUUUGCUGAUCAUGACGAACCAAAAAGCAUGGUGUGAUGAGUACGUCACCCAGCUGGAUGAGAUGCAGAGGCAGCUGGCCGCAGCGGAGGAUGAGAAGAAGACCCUGAACUCUCUGCUCCGCAUGGCUAUUCAGCAGAAACUGGCCCUGACCCAGCGGCUGGAGGACCUGGAGUUCGACCACGAGCAGACGUGCCGCACCAAGGGCAAGGCCACCAAGAUCAAGAGCAGCACCCCCAAAGCAAGAGCGCUGAGAUUAGAAGACUUCGAAAAAUACUCUGCGAAGAAUCUUAACAAACUGCUGUAUUGUCAGCAGCCUGCUACCUCAGUAUCGCUACUCUCCCCACAGCUAAGGCGAGGGCCGAAAUCUCAAACCGCCAGUCCUAGUGUACCAGUAGCUCUUCAGGAAGAACAGAUGCAUCCCAGCUCCCCGUGUGUACCCCUCAACUGCCUGUCUAAGCCUCCUCCCCACCCCUAAGCCCUGUGCACAGCUCAGCCAGAGAACAGCGCCCAGGAGCCCAGUGAGGAGGGCUGUGCCACUGACCAGCCAGAAGGGCUUCCAUGCUCUAUUGCAUAAUGACGCCAGGCUCAGACUACCUGCCAACCUAAAGACUGAAGCCAUAUGAGAAGCUGAAAGGACACAUGCACAGGGGCGGCACAGGGCUUAUCCAGGAAGACUUUAUUUUAAAGAACUUUUAUUUAUCUAUUUAUUAUUUAUCUAAUUAUUUCUGACCUUCAAUAGAAAUGCAUAGAGAAACUCAGACCAGACCUUCCUUACUUGCCAGGUGAAAGAGGUGAUUAUGAAGCUUAUGGGUCCAACUACGCAACAAGGGUGUUUCCAUCUGUCACCAGAAAUAAGGCUCAGAUUAAAUCAAAAUUAAGGCAGCGCCAUUGCCAUUAUAAAGUAUUGCUAUGGCAGCGCCAUAAACUUUGAUUUGAUGUAGACCCAUGUUGUUACUGCCUUUAAAACCUUGCACACAGCAGGGUUCCGUGUAAAUAAACUGUCACAGGAACCAAAAAUGAAAACCUACGGUGAAAUAACGAUUUGUACUUAAAACAAGUUCAAUGAGUUGUUAGUCCAUGAAUUAGAUAUCAAUUCAACAACAAACCUGGAUAGGAUCUUAUAUUAUCAGAUAGGAUAAGGUUUAAAACCCGCAAUCCACAUGCUUGUCUCUCCCUCGAUUGUUCAUUUAGUUGUUCAAAGGGAACAAAACAAUCUCCACCUGAAUUAGAUUUUCGAUCUCUCAAAUAAACGGGGCGACGUUUGUAAUUACUCGAUAGCCACUUCCAACCCGACCCUGCUGUGCAUUAGCUGUUAUGAUUAACUAAAAGGUUUUUUGACAUACAAGCAAUCUUUGACCUUCAUUUAAACUCUGGUUGCAGUUUGAAUUGUAAACGUCCCAGUUUCAUAGCAGAACAAUGUGAGAACUAUGGACACUUUGCGAAUUCAGUCUGGUAGACUUGUUUAAUAAAGAAAAGUUUGUCAUUGAAUUUUUUAGGUUUCUUUUAGCAUUUCUAAAUUGACCUAUUUUGUUGAGUAUUUUAUAUUUAUGGAUCAGGUGUAACUCAGCAGGGAAAUUGAAAAGUGCAGCAGGAGUUAGACAGGGUUACUUUGUUUGUAAUUCUGCCUCUCCUACAUGGUUUAUGUACAACAGGUUAAUCUAUAGAUUGAAUAUCUUCCACAAACAUGUAUUUUUUUUUUUUUUAUUUAAAGUCAGUUACUUCUCUACAAAACAGAAUAACAAACAAAGAUCUCUGCUUUAUUUCUGUGUGGGAUUUGAGUAUCAUUUAAUGCAAACCAAAAUACCACAUAAUUAGGGCUUUUGAUUUUCGGGUUUUAACCGAUAAAACCCAAUAAAACACCCCUGGUAUAAAAAAAAUGAAAUCAGUGGAUAUUCAAUAAACUAUGUCCCGUCUUCCUGACUUGCACCUGUCAUUGAGUCGAAAGCACAUUCCUGCAUUUCUAUUGGAGACUCCACUUGCAAGAUUUAAAACGAGAUUACAAUUAGGAAUGGAG